AUGGCCGUCGAUUCGACAAUUGACAACACCUACGGAGUGCUUUACGUCGCUGUUGUCAUUUCUGCAGCCCUUUAUGGAACUGGAAUGCUACAGUUCUGGAUGUACAUCCGCAAGUAUCACUCGCGUGAUUCAUUCAGCUUACAAGCAGUGGUGGUUGCUGUGAUCAUAUGUGACACUGUUCAAGAAGCCCUCAUUUGCCAUGGCGUGUAUAAGUACCUCGUGACUUCAAUCGCCAAUCCGCCAGUCUUGACAUCAGUGGUCGACACUCUUAUGAUCGAAAUCUUUUUCAGUUGUGCUAUCGCCACACUUGUGCAACAAUUCUAUUGCUGGAGAAUAUGGCGCAUUGGCAGAAACGUCAUUCUCACCGGGGCUGUAUCGAUGCAAUGGGCAAUUGCCGCCAGCAGCCUCACAGCCGGGGCAGAUGUUGUGAUCUCCAUCACCCUUGUUGUGCUUUUGCACGCAUCCAAGACGGGAUUCAAGGCAUCUACCGACUUGAUCAAUCGAUUGAUGAUUUUUUCCUUCAACACCGGCCUGCCAACAAGCUUUUGCGCCUUGAUGGCCACCAUCUGUGUUACUGCAUUGCCGAAUACAUGUCUCUACAUCCUCUUUUUCCUUCUCCUUGGGCGGUUCUAUACCAACUCCCUGCUCGUUACCCUCAACUCGAGAGGGUACAUAAGGUCACCUAGAGAUACCACAAGCAAAGAACAAUAUUCGCUCGAAAGUUCUGGUCGAGGCAGGGCACCCAUACGAUCACGCGAUCACAUCACCGUCCGUAUCGACACUGACACCAUGCAAGAUUAUCGUGAAAGUCCAAUUUCGAGCAGUCAUUCGCCCGUUUCCAACACGAAAGGAACAUCUACCGCUGAUCUUAGACAUGUCCCUUGA